AUGACUUCCAACCGCCUUCGAAGAAUCGCCAAAGAGCUUGCAGACAUCCAGGGGGAUACACAAUCCAAGAUCUUCUGCGAACCAGCAGAUGGCUCAGAGCUAUCACACCUACGGGCCUCAUUCCCCGGACCGCCAGAUACGCCGUACGAAGGAGGUACAUACAUAGUAGAUAUCAAGAUCCCGAAUGAAUAUCCCUUCCGACCGCCCGUGAUGUACUUCACAACCAAGCUCUGGCACCCAAAUGUCAGCAGCCAAACUGGAGCCAUCUGUCUCGAUACUCUAGGUUCAGCCUGGUCACCGGUUCUUACUAUCAAAUCCGCCCUUCUCUCCCUACAAUCCCUCCUCAGCACACCUGAACCCAAGGAUCCCCAAGAUGCGGAAGUAGCGACUAUGCUUAUGAACCAUCCCGAGGAAUUCCAUAGAAUGGCAAGAGACUGGGCAGUUAAAUAUGCGAACGCACCCAAAAACACGAAUUGGCAGAGUUCUGCAGCUCAAAUCCCCACACAAUCUCGACCGAAAACCCAGAGGUCAAAGGAGGAAGAAUUGAGACGGUAUGGUCUUUUCUGUAUGUUAUACCAAGGAUAUAAUAAAGAUCUCAUUGAUCGAUUUGUAAACAUGGGUUUUGAUAUUGACCGUGUAGUCGAUGCCUUUCUAUAUGUCAAUAUCGAUCGGAACAACGGACAAGAUUACGAGCUCGAGGAAGCAUACAUGGGGGACAUCACAGCGAGAUUGUUGGGCGAGCCAUGA